CUGCGCAUGUGCGGGCCCGGCCCGCCGUGAGCUCCCCUGCAGCUCGGGCGACCGCGAGCCAUGGCGGAGACGGAAGCGAGCCUGUUGCGCCAGUUCCCGCUGUUUUUGCCCCAGAACCGAGCGAAAACCGUGUAUGAAGGAUUCAUUUCGGCUCAGGGCAGAGAUUUCCAACUUAGAAUAUUGUUGCCUGAAGAUUUACAGUUGAAGAAUGCAAGAUUACUGUGUAGUUGGCAGCUGAGAACAGUACUUAAUGGAUACCAUCAAAUAGUACAACAGAGAAUGCAGCACUCUCCUGAUCUAAUGAGCUUUCUGAUGGAGUUGAAGAUGGUUUUGGAAGUUGCUUUAAAGAAUAAACAAGAGCUAUAUGCACUACCUCCUCCUCCCCAGUUCUACUCAAGCCUUAUUGAAGAGAUAGAAACUCUUGGUUGGGAUAAACUUGUAUAUGUGGAUACUAGCUUCAGUACCAUCAAGUUAAAAGCCGAAGAUGCUUCUGGUAGAGAGCAUCUAAUCACUCUCAAGUUGAAGGCAAAGUACCCUGCAGAAUCACCAGAUUGUUUUGUGGAUCUUCCUGUUUCAUUUUCUGUUUCCUGGACGCCACAGAGCUCCUUAAUAAGCAUUCAUAGUCAAUUUUUGGCAGCAUUAGAAUCACUGAAGACAUUCUGGGAUGUUAUGGAUGAAAUUGAUGAAAAGACGUGGGUACUUGAGCCAGAAAAACCUACACGGAGUGCAACAGCACGAAGAAUUGUAUUAGGGAAUAAUGCUUCAAUAAAUAUAGAAGUAGACCCUAUGCAUCCGACUAUGCUUCCUGAGUGCUGCUUUCUUGGAGCUGACCAUGUGGUAAAACCCCUGGGAAUUAAGCUGAGCAGAAACAUACAUUUGUGGGAUCCAGAAAAUAGUCUCUUACAAAAUUUGAGAGAUGUUUUAGAAAUUGAUUUUCCAGCUCGUGCUAUCCUGGAAAAAUCUGAUUUUUCUAGGGAUUGUGGAAUUUGUUAUGCCUACCAACUUGAUGGUGCCAUUCCUGAUCAAGUGUGUGAUAAUUCCCAGUGUGGACAGCCUUUCCAUCAGAUAUGCUUAUAUGAGUGGUUGAGAGGACUGCUGACUAGUAGACAGAGUUUUAAUAUCAUAUUUGGUGAAUGUCCAUAUUGUAGUAAGCCAAUUACCUUGAAAAUGUCUGGGAGGAAACCCUGAAAUAAGAAUGUAACAUUUCUGUGAAGAACUGGAAACUGUAAAAAUUGUCAAAAGGAUUUUAUUUGAUUUCUUCAGAGAAAAUAUAAAGCAAGACAUACUAAUACCAAAAGAAAAAGAAUGAUGAAGCCAUAAUAAUACACAUCUGCCUUUGUCUCUUCACUAAGAGCAAACUGAGUAAGCCAAAAUCCUGUAGAACUUUCUAAGUCUGUGACCUCCAUACCAGGCGUAGAAGCAUAUGUAUACCAAGUUGGAGAUCUUGACUUGUUGAAUAUAUCUUCACUGGUAAAAUCUGGAUGGGUUUCAUAAAAUGAAUUUGGGAAUUGUAUGCCACUAGAUUUUUGUGGAGAACUUUUUCGUUCAUUCAGAAAUUCUUGAGACUUACAAUAUUUUUGUCUUCUCCUUGUGUUUUCCUAUGGGAAAAUAUAUACAAAGUGUGUUAGGUUUGAGUUAUCCAAGUGUUUACUUUGUGUACUCUUAAGAGUGCUAAAUAAAACUUGUUACACAAGA